AUGGGCCGUCAGGCUUAUCUGAACAGGCUCGCUUUAGGCCGCUCACCUUAUGAACCUCCUGAGCGGGCAGUUAUUGGGAUCUCUGAUGUUCAUGCCGACAAUUACUCUCAGCAGUAUGACGUGCGAGGGCAUCCCGUCAACCCAGAGUCCAAAGCUCUAGGACGGGAACUUCGCAGAGCCAAGAAUGAUAUACUCUCUACAAUGGGAAUAGUCGUCAGUGGCGAAGACAGAACUGCGAGCAAGUCCGAUGAGCAGGAGAAGAUCAAUCAGAUCGCAGCUGAGAAUGACUUUGGCCUGGUAAUUACCACACUUGACCAAAUCUUUGUGUUUUUUGGGACCUGGUGGACUUCAUCUCUCACUGCGCGAAUCAUGACAUACAAACACUACACUCAUGCGGCACUUCUUAACGUCAUCCGUUCUGAGAGAGGUGCAACUGGACUACUUGGUUUCUACUGUGCCGGGAUUCCUGCGUGGGCGCUGUCCAGCAGCUUGGCGAUUGCUCGGGAUAAUCCGCCGAGACGUCUGUUCAUCACACUCCGAGACUAUAUACUGGGCUUCACUGGUAGUGGAAGUCUCUUUCGCGGAGUCCGCUUGUCUCUUAACCUCACAUAUCAAAUGGCGAGAAAUGUCAUGCUUCUGUUAUCAUUGGAGACCUACAUGUAUUCUUUGCUUCAAACCCUCUCCCUAGUUCCAUCAAACGCAUUUCCCAGUAUCCGACUUGCCAUACCCUUCAGUGAGCAGUCUUUGGUUCAGUUGCCGACUCUCCCCAACGACUUCUCCAUUCCAUCUGUUGGCGGAUAUUUACUGCGUUUACUGGCAUCUCCCGGUGUCUUGGCAUUUCUCUAUGCAUUCUACCUCCGCCCAGGACUAGAGGAUCGUCUGUACCGGCUAAUCCGGCGCCAACUACCAAAACCCCCUCGUGCAGAUGACCUCUCCGUUCGAGUCGUUUUUGAGGAAAAUCUUGUCGAAUGGGUUGUGCCGACCUUGGGGCGCAGAUCGGAAGAGGAAACUCGCCGCGCAAAACUUACGUGGCUGGAGGAUAUAAAGCAAGAAUUUGUCGUGUUCCGAGGAUGGGUGCUUUCGGCAUUCGGUCUUUUCUCAAAGCAGUUGACAGACCAGGAAGCCACUGAGGCUUUAGAUCAAGAAAGAAUGGACAACCUUCGUGACACGAUAGAGUCUUUGCAGCAUGAGCUCGAUGAGGUUCAGCUUCGCCAUAACCUCACUAUGGUCGAACCAAGUGCUUCUUUAGCUCGGCCCUUGGGGGACAUUACUCAUGCCAACUCAGUUGUUCAUUUGCCACGAAGCUUACCAGCUAUAGCAGAGGCCGCACAGAUGGCUGAAGCAGGGUUGAAUAAUAUCAACCAAGUACUUACGAAUGAGAAUCGCAUGGCUCAAUCUCCCGGUGAGAUGAGCAGCGACUUCUCGGACAUGGCCAUGCUUGGACGGACAAGUGCACCAUCUAGCUCCUCCAUUGCUCCGAAUCAAUCAAGUAAUCCUCCACAAGAUGGAAGUCUAACGAGAACUCGACAAGGCUCACGUUCGAAUACACUUUUCUCCCGUCCUUCAUCUCCGGAGACCUCGCCACCCACUUCACCCCGUGUCAGAGCCUCUUUGAUACACCAAAGUUCCGACAUUAUCACAAUGCAACUGGAGCUAUUAGGGAACCGUACUCGCAACGCACAAGGCUUGCCUACCUCCCCACUAUCGAGAUUAAGCGGUUCCCGCUGGGGCUCUACCGUUGACCGCAGAUCAAUCGCCGAGUUUCUCGAAGCCCUGAUCUUAAAUCAGGCUCAAAAUCAAAGUGCUCAGCAACAGCCACCACUGAUAGAGAGUGAGAAUGGCCCAAUCAGAAAUGCGGCGAGCUUCAUAGCAGCCCAAGAAGGCUCUACAUCCGAAAGUCGACCUCAAAACCCAACACAGGAGAGCGUAGAUAACCGACCAGAUCCCAUCUCUCCCCACGAAAAUGCUUUUGGAACAACUACGACCAUUCUCCCAGAUGGAAUCGAAGAGGCGACUGACGAGGAAAGCGAUAUUGAAUUGCCUCUUGUGGAUUUAACUCAAACCACAGGACUUCCUUCCGAAGCUGUGGUGCCAGCUCCUUCCAAUGUCCAGUCCCGGCCGUUAGCAAGGCGGUCGUCUGGCUUUCACGUUACUCACAGAGUCACUCUUCUCUCUGCUCACCCUGUGGAUUCAUUGGCAUCUCAUCUUGCUGCAUUCAUCAGUGGCAUUAUUCUGUCACCCAUUGAAUCUCUUCUUCUCCGCUCCUUGGCCCACUCUUAUCUCGCUUUGCACCAUUCUCCUAAUGCACAGUUCUCAGAUCUUCGCCCUAUCGGUUUAUGGUUUGGAGGGGGCUCCUGGUCUGACGUAUUUGCGUAUACUGGGCGGAUGGUCCUUAUGAGAGGCAUGCAGGUUGCCCUAAGAGCCGGUGUAUGGGGUUUCCUAGUUGGCUCUACCAUGAGAAUUGGAAGAAGAUUUUGCAGCUGGGGCAGUCUAUGA